AUGGAAGAAUCAGGCAAUAUAUCAUCCAGCAUCGCGCCCGCCCCCGUCGACCCACUGAACACAGCAGAGUUUUGGUACCAGGUCUUUGCUCUGGACACGCCAGCGGAAGUGGUACUGUUCUUUGGUAUUCUCUUUGUCCUUUUGAUACUUGGUGGCAACGUGUGGGUUAUCGUCGCCGUUAUUCGAAACCCUAAACUGAGAAGUUCAGCCACGAAUAUAUUCAUCGUUUCACUUUCAGUGACAGACAUUCUAGUCGGUGUAGUGACCGUACCGCAACACGUGGCCGUUUGGGGAUAUUUCAGUCAUGUUCACAACAACGUCAUUUGCAAGCUAGUGGCGUAUCUACAGAGCUGCUCCCUCACCGGUACAACGCUUUUCCUCAUCUGCAUCGCCGUAGACCGCUAUCGUGCCAUCGUGCAACCGCUGAAACCCCGCAUAACCGUUAACCAGGCAUUGUUUGGAUGUGCCCUGGUUUGGCUAGUCGGACUCCUGUAUGGGAUUGCCCCGCUGUAUACUGUAGGCCUAAACCCAAGAGUUGAAUAUGUUGGCAACGAAACCUACGUUAUCUAUAGGUGCGGUGUCUUGUAUGAAAAAGCCGAACUGGACGCAAUCAUUCGUUUAUUAGAUUUCGUUGUGUUUUACGGCGUUAAUCUGCUGAUACUCGCUAUCCUGUACGGCAUUAUGAUCUCUACGCUCUGGUUCGGCAAAUCCCCGAGCAAUUCAUCAAAUCGCGGCAAACAGAAAGCGAUUAAAAUGUUGGGUUUUGUAGUUUUACAGUUCAGCCUUACAUGGCUCCCGUACCACGCCCUGCAGCUCUACUACCAGUACACCACAUACAUCCCACCCAGACCGCUCCUCUACUCGACUGCACCCAUCAACAGUACAUUCUUCAUAUUCUGUUGCAAUAGUUGGAUAAACCCGAUCCUCUACGCAUACUUCAACGAAAACUUUCGGAAGGAGUUUGUUCGCCUAUUCCCAUGUUUAAAUAGAAAGAGUAAAGUUGGCCCAACCACAACUGGUAUGUCAGUGACAUCUAAAACAGGCAAUAUGUCCGUCACACAAGCUAAUACACAGGUAUCAACCGUUUCGACUGCUUGA